AUGACAAAAUAUUUCGACAUUGAAACUAAUUUCCAGGGACUGAAGUGUUCAGAUAUUUUAGAAUAUAUGUACGAUAAAAAGUCUGAAGUGGAUCGUGAGCUUGAACAAUAUUUCCACGGCUUGAAUUUCAUGACAGCUUUGGGGACUAUAUCGUUAUUAGGUCUCAUGUGGCUUUAUACAUAA